CACCCGCCUGGUUGUUGUUGCCGCGGUGGUCGUGGCUAUAUGACGACGCCAGUUCAUCUCCUUCCGAGAGGCCUUUCGUGGGGAGAAGACCUACAGAUUUACAAGGCAUCCAAGACAGUUAUACCGUGGCGACCAGAGCAGCAACAGCCUGUGCGACACAUCACUCGGUAUGAAAAGUCACGGGAAGAGCGAGAAUACGACUUGGUUCGAGCGCAGUACCGGGAUGUCCAGCGGGAAUCCGCUACAAAGGACAAGGAAAUCAAAGACCAAAUGCAAGCGUUGGUCGAUGCCAAGGUGAAACAAAGCCGGUAUGUGCAAAAGUUCAACCUGAUCAACCACCACUCGGCCGAGGUGGAGCCGGUGGAGUCGGCCCUUCGCCCCCCCAAUACCCGCGCGCCUUACAACAUCGUCAACCACCGGCAGCUAGACGUCCCCCCCGUCCACGUGGCGCCCCCCGACAGCCUCGGCAAGAAGAUGGUCGACAGUCAGCACUUGGGGCGACCGUUCAGCGUCAUUAGCAACAAGUACCACACCAACCACGAGUCGCGGUCAGCCGCCGACGCGGUGCGUCUACAGGACAUGGCCCGCACCAAAUUUAACAAAACACACGAUUUUAACCCGCUUCUGGUGCGGUACUACGACGAGACGAAAGAAACGGCCUUUGUCGCCGCUAGGACCGUUCAAAACCAGAUGCACGGCGUCGACCGAGAUGAAAAGCUCCCCCACGGCGAGCAAUUCAGCGCCGGCAAGUUGUACAACAUUGUCAACCACAAGAUCCUCCGCCCAGACAAGUAUGAAGCCGUGACCAACGUCGGCAAUCGACGACUCAACUGCAUGAAGUCCACGCAAAUCAACAAGGCAGUGCGCGAACGAGCCGAUGCCUUCGAAGACAAGACUCAGGAGCGGGCGUUGAACCGCAUCGCCCACGAGCGCAACGGCCAAGCAUAUGUCCACGGGUUUGAUCCAGUGACGAACCAACCGUUUGAAGGGCGACUGCGAAAACCCAAAGUGCCUCUGCGCACACAGCCCAAACCCGCGGCAUGGGCACGCGCCGACCCCAGAGGGGGACCCAACCAAACGACGGUCGAAGGGGCAGUGCUGCCGGCUUUAGUUCCAUCCCACCAGUUUGGGGGGAUGGCCCCAAUUCAGCCAGAGAUUCUGUUUAUAAGCCACGACCAACCCGUCGACCCUGGGGGGGCCAAAGUGGCGGCUUCCCCCAUGACCAAACCCCAUUAAUCCUAUUCAACGACUACUCUCCU